AUGACAAGCAAUCACCUAGAAACAGGUUCUUCACCAACUCCCGAUGACAAGCAAUCGCCUAGUGAUCGACCAGCUUCUACAUCUGGAGAUGAUAAUUCUCCUAACCAGAAAACAGGUUCUUCACCAACUCUCGAUGACAAGCAAUCACCUAGUGUUCACCCAGCUUCUACUCCUGGAGAUGAUAAUUCUCCUAACCAGGAAACAGGUUCUUCACCAACUCCCGAUGACAAGCAAUCGCCUAGUGAUCGACCAGCUUCUACAUCUGGAGAUGAUAAUUCUCCUAACCAGCAUCCAGGUUCUUCACCAACUCCCGAUGACGAGCAAUCGCCUAGUGUUCACCCUGCUUGUAUUCCUGGAGAUGAUAAUUCUCCUAACCAGGAAACGGGUUCUUCACCAACUCCCGAUGUCGAGUCAUCGCUUAGCCAGCAUCCGGGUUCUUCACCAACUCCCGAUGACAAUCAAUCGCCUGGUGUUCACCCAGCUUCUACUCCUGGAGAUGAUAAAUCUCCUAACCAGCGAACAGGUUCUUCACCAACUCCCGAUGACAAGCAAUCGCCUGGUGAUCGACCAGCUUCUACAUCUGGGGAUGAUAGUUCUCCUAACCAGGAAAAAGGUUCUUCACCAACUCCCGAUGACAAGCAAUCGCAUAGUAAUCAACCAGCUUUUACUCCUGGUGAUGAUAAAUCUAGCAAGCAAUCCGAUGUAUCAAAUAAUACGAUUACUAAAACCUCCGAAUCGCAAAUUGCAGAGAAAACUUCGCGAAAUAUUAUAACAGACUCAAAUUCCAAAGCCGACAAUCCAAUAGGAUCGGGUCCGCAGCCUUCAGCGCCUGGCUCAGAAAAUGGCUUGUCGUCUACCAAUAGAGAUAAAAUGCGCGCACUUCAAGUGAACAUGAAUUUGAAGCUAUUGAUUCUGCCGCAAGGUCCGAGAAACAGUAAGAAUUGCUACUGCGCAUGCGAUAGUCAAGAAGCGCCAAAACUAAUUCCUCUUAAGGAAUUGCCGAAAGAAAUCAACGGCGAAUAG